AAUAGCUACUUACGCCGUGCAGGACAUGCCUGACAUAAAAUGGACAAUGCAUGAUACUCAUCCAAUAUCAUCAGCGUUUCAAGAGAACCCUCAUCUACUUUCUAUUCAUGAUACACAUUUAUAUCAUCCAUGGACGCCAAUUGCACAUUCUACGUUAGGACAGAAUAUGGUAAAUGCAGGAAGCAAUCUAGGAGUUUAUUCUCAUCCUCCUGUUUAUCCAUAUGGAGGGUUUUAUGGUAAUGAAUGGAAUACAAUAAAAAAAGAGAAAAAUGUAAGCAGUGGACCAAUUCCAGCAAAUCCAUUGCGUAUAUAUAAGGAUUCAAAAGGAGUGGAUUGGAUUAGUUUUGCUUAUAGCCGAGAAAGAGUUAGAACAGAGUAUACAAUCCGUGGAGAUGUAGAAACGGUUGAUUUAGAUACUCUAUCAGAGGAAUUUAAACAACAAAAUUGUAUUUACCCACGUGCUCGUGUUCCACCAGAGCAAUAUACAGGAACUCGUCAUAGAUAUGAGACAGAAUGUAAUUCUAUUGGAUGGGCACUUGCUAAAUUAAAUCCAUCUCUUCGUAAUAAACGAGGGUUAAUUCAGCGUGCAGUGGAUUCAUGGCGUAAUAAAGAGCCAAGUCUACGUAGUCGAAGGGUUAAAAGAAUGGUUGCAUUAAAUAAUCUUCAUUGUAUACGGGAGGCUCGUCAUGUUCUUCAUGGGUCAACUCAAGAAUCUCCAUUACCGCCGCAAUUUCGGCAAGUUACACCGACAAUUACGAACAGAGAGACUUCAGGAGCAUUAGAAGAUAAAGGGAAAUCAUUAAAUGCAGAUGUUAAAAAGCCAAAAUAUAUUUUAUUGGAUGACAUGAGAAAAAAAACCCGAGUAAGAAUUCGUGUAGGGUUAGAUGAGAUAAAUUUGGAAGAAAUUCCGGAUGCAUUUCGACGAGAUCAUUGUGUAUUUCCUCGUCGGUUUAUUCCAAUGCAUUCUUCGACGGGAGAACCGGUAAAUACAUAUGAACAAGAAUUCCAAACAGAAGAAGCGAAAAAAGAAAAAAUGCUGAAUGAAAUUGGCUGGAAACUUGCAUGGUUAAAUGUAAGAUUAUUUGAAAAUCGUCCGAGUUUUUUGCAGCGGGCUGUAGAUGCAUAUAGAAAUAAAAUUGAAAUGAUGACAUGUGAGGAAAAAUGGGCAACACGUAAAGGACGAAAAGCAUGGUUUAAUAAGUCAUGUUCAUGAAAAUGGAUAAAAGGGUUAUGUUUUAUUGAUUUAAAAACGAAGGA